AUGCAGCCACUUAUGUCUCCAAUAGACUAUGAGGCGCGGACGAGGGCGGGCCAUCGAGCGGACAAUGAAACGGCUCGCGGCUCUUCUGAGCAAACUCCUCUACUGCAAUAUCGCUUCCCGAGGGGAAACGAUCACGUUAACGCGGCCACGGUUAUUGUAGUUGGAUGUCUCUUGUUUGUGUUGCUCUCUGGAGCGAUCAUUGGCAUGUAUCUAUUGCUUAUACAAAUACAAUCUGAAAAUAUAGUCCCCCCUGUCGAUACUCCGCAUUAUGUCCGUCGUUCUGAUUGGGCUAUAAGUGGUACGUUAAAGAACCGCUCGUCUUCUCUCACCCGAUUGUCGACUUCGACAACGGACUGCGUUGUCGUACUGCAAACUGAUACAGGAUCAUGUGACGAUAUACCUACUUGCGCUGAAUUCAUUGAGGAAAUGGAAUACCAAAUGCCGAACCAUGCGCUGCCAUACAACUACAUCAUAACUAACGAAGGCGACGCAUACGAGUAUCUCGGAUGGCAACCCUCUGACUACGUUCCCAACCGCACUUCGUUUGUUUUUGCUUUCAUUGGUAAUUACACAUAUACCCCACCGACGAGGAGGCAAAUUUUUGUCACUAAAAGCAUAAUCGACGAAUUGCUUAAUAAUGAACAUCUCGCCAAAAACUAUACUAUCGUUGGCAAAGAUUUGAAGGACCUCAAAUACCUAACUAACGACCCCGGUAAUAUCAAUAAGGAAGUCGACAUGCUGAUGUUUGUCAUUCUUACCAGGAUGUACUCUAACUUCACCGAAGCUAUGACACAUAUG